CCUGCGCCUUCGGCUCACGACCAGUCUGCCAGGCGCGGAAGCAUGGCUGUUGCCGUCGCAAUCCCUCACUCGCCGCUCGCGGCAGCCGCACUGCACAUCCACACCCACCUCUCCGCCGUCGGCCUCUGAGCAUCGAUCAGCGCACGAUGGCCAACUACGUCGGCGGGGGCAAGUGAGCAAGCGCGUGCAGCUACGGGCCAGGGCAACGGAUCUGCAGAGGAGCGGCACCACGGCGGGCAGCUCGAUGGAGGAUGCAUGCGGAUGUCCAGGCCGUGCAGUGCUGGACUCCGCUGAACACCUCUUUCGUCAGCCACCGCGUCUACCGCGCUCGCCGCGGCAGUUCCGCGCAGCAGCGCGGCCGCGGUCGUGCUCGCGCCGACUCGCGCGACAGCGACGCAUACAUCGACGAGAACAUCGCGCCCAGCCCGUUUGCCUCGACCAGCUAUGGCGACGACGAGGGCUGGACGCACAGCUUCCCGGCACUGGGCGCGCCGCAGCGUGUCAACACGCCGCUCGUCGACGUAGCAGAGCAGCGCCGCCGGCUCCUGGCGCAGCCGGACUGGACCACCAUCGAGGAGCAGACCAUCGGCCGUCCGCCGCUGCGCCGCGAGAAGCGCCGUCGCCCCGAGCCCGAGCCGGAGCGUGCGGUACGUCGGCAGCCGCUUCGCGGCGCUCGAGCACGCGAAGCAUCCUUGCUCGGCAGUCCUGAGCCCGAGGACAAGCGUCCCAAGGUGCGCUCGGACAACCUCGAGCUUCGCGAAUCGGUGUCGCCAGAGCUAAGCUCGGAUGUAGAGGAGCUCGAGACUGCAGCGUGGCCGUCGCGCCGGCUUGGGCGCGGCAUGGUGCACACCGUGCCUCUCUCGGCUCUAGCCUCGCCCGAGCCGCAGCAGGCCGCGACGCACAGCGAGGUCCUCGACAUUGCGCUGGCCGCGGCCCAGCCUCGUGCAAGACGCCUUCUGCAGAGCUUACUGCCGGGCUCGCACGCCGCGGCGCCGGCGGAGCAGACUCGUCGUCCCGCGUUUCCCGUGCACCAUCGUGCACGGGCGCCUCGCGCCGUUGCGCUGCCUACGUCUCUUGCGCACGAGCGAGUGCCGGGCCUGGAGGAGGCCGCGCAGGCGCACACCAAGCUCAAGCGCGCUCCGCUCUUCGCGCAGGCUGGCGCAGCCGCUGUAGAUGCUACAAGCUCACGGAGCCUCAUCCGCCGUUUGCCUCCGCUCUUUCCGGAGUUCACGCCUUCAGUCGAAGCCAGCGCCGGCACGACCAAUCCGGCGGCUGAGCAGCAUGCAGCUCCGCCAUCACACAAGAGCCCGAGCGCAGACGGCGCUGGCGAGCCAGUCGUCCCAGCUGCGGACGCCGUCGCUCCCGAGCCCGUCGCCUCGCUCAUCGUGACGGUGAUGGAGAUGCGCAAGCAGGAGCGCGCAAUGGUCGAGCGUUGCCUGGGCAUGCAGGAGUGAAGGGACGAAGCGCAUACAAUUCGAUGAUCAGUCGACAGCAGCGCCCGAGACGCGAG